GUGUGUGUGUGUGUGUGUGUGUGUGUGUGUGGGUAUGUGGGUGCGUGUGUGUAUAAUUUUUAACAUUUACUAUAACUUAAGCCAUAGUGUGUGUGUGUGUGUGUUUGUGUGUGUAUAAUUUUUAACAUUAACUAUAACUUAAGCCAUAGUUUGAAUAAUAAAAGAUAAACAUUUUAUAAGGUUUUUGCAUUCUAAAUGUGUAAAAUAUGUGGUUUUAUUUAAAAUAAUUAUUAGCCCUUCUACAAGUAAUAAUAUUUUUACGUUUUUAUUCUAAGAUUUGAGUAAUGAAACUUAUGUUUUGUUGGUUAUUCUGUGGUGUAGCUUGGUUUGUGUUUGUGGUUUGUGUGGUCUUGGUAUUUUAAUGGCUUAUCUGGAAAAUUAGUGUAUUAAAAUGAAAACAGUUUAUUAGUUGUUUUUGAACAUCUACAGAAACUUUUGUUUUGUACGUAGGUAACGUUUGUAGUGCUUAUUGAAAGAGAUCACGCCUAAAGAUGGCUAGAAAUAAACGAGAAGUUAAUAACGCCAAAAGCGAUUCUGAUUCUGAUGCCGGUGAUAAAGAGAACAAAAAAGAAAAGACUCGUGAUAAGAAGAAAAAAGCAGCUUCUUCCUCUAGUAGUAGCAGCAGAAGCUCGUCGGGCAGCAGCUCGCGCUCGUCCAGCGCCUCCAGCUCGUCGCACAGCUCCAGCUCGGGCUCCAGCUCCCGCUCCAGCUCCUCCUCCAGCAGCUCGGGUUCCUCGUCCUCCAGCUCCGCCUCCAAGGCCCGCGUCAAGCGCAAGCCAGGCAGCCCCAGCCGGAGUCAAAGUAAAACACCAGAGCAGAAGAAGGCAAAGGAGAAAGAACGUGAGAAAGAGAAGGAAGAGAAGAAGCGCAAACCAGAAAAGCCAACAAAACCUAAGCCUCGUUCAAGGUCCCCAUCUCCACGACGCAAGCGUAAAGAACGCUCUCCUACGCCACGGCCAGUCAAAAUUCAUGUGGGCCGUCUCACUCGCAACGUGACUCGUGAUCAUGUGUACGAGAUUUUCUCUGCAUAUGGCAUGGUGAAAGCUGUAGAGUUUUCCACCGACAGAUUUCACCCCGAGAUGGGGCGUGGCUUUGCCUACAUCGAAUACAGCAAUCCAAAUGAGGCAGAGAAUGCCAUGAAGCACAUGGAUGGAGGCCAGAUUGACGGCCAAGAGAUCACAGCUGCCCCAGUGCUGAUUCCCAAGCCUCGGCCCCCACCGGUGCGGAGGAGUCCCCCACCCGUACGCCGCCCGUUGCCUCGCUGGGGUCGCUCUCCCCCCAGGUAUCGGCGACGCACGCCGCCGCCGCCCCGCCGCAGGACCCCGCCCCCUCGGCGACGGCCGAGGACCAGGUCGCGCUCGCGCAGUCCCGCGCGCAGACGUCGCUACAGCAGGUCCAGUUCGAGCAGCUCCCGCUGACUGCCUUGCUUCCUUCAGUCUCUAUACAGUCAACAAUUUUUUCAAUAAUUUUGUAUAGGAAAAAUAAACAUUUAAAACACA